AUGUACGGGUACGCUGUAAUCGCGCUCCUCGCGCUAGCUGCCAAUGCUCACGCGCAGGAUACAUCGCUAUGGGUGGAGGUGAGUCCAACUACUGAUGAGGUUGAAGAGAUAGAGAAGCGGUAUACACCUGAACUGGUGAAAGAACUCCAGAGCGCGAAGGAUGACACUCUACUCCUCUAUACGGAGUUCUCCGGUCGCGCUGGAAUGGAGCUGAGACAUUUCCUGCGUGAGAUGUCUGGUUUCAGCAACAGGUCGGCUGCAACUCUUGGCUCUGCAGUUUUGAAUAGUGCGCCAGAGUCUUGUCGACAGGAGUUGCAAAAGAAGUUGUUUAAAGUAGAAAGUGACGUCAAGCUGGCCGCUAGCUUCAGCGGCGUCAACCACCACAAGUUCCUGUUGGGUCACAUGGUUGUGUUCCGCAUGCAUCUUAAUAAGAGCGAAGACUACAUUAAAAAGUGUGACAGGGUUAUUGCGAGCUGUGGAAUAUCUUGCGAAACAACACCUCGAGUCCGCCGGUGGCGCCGCCACGCGGCCGACGAGAUACAUCGAGUAAGAGAUGAUAUCCAGCACACGCGACGAUCGUACAAAGACCUGCUGACUCACGCGCAUAGACACCUCAAUCACCUGCGUAAACAAGCCAACAACAGGGCGAAGGAGAUCAUCGAACAUUUUAUAACUUGUAUACACUGA